AUGCCGCAGAAGCUCCCUGCGUCUCGUCCUGCAUCUCGUUCGUCAGCCGAUGCUCGAAGAUUAGCUCUACCACCCGUCCAGCUCCUAGAUGCGACAAAUCAGGUAGGAAUAUCAGAUGACACUCCACUCGAAAAAACACCUUCAAACAUAUCGCCUAUGGCAUCUCAACACUCUCAGGUACCAGCACGACACUUUGAACAGCGCCCGCUAAGCGCAUCACGCAAUUUAGGAGUACACUCUAUGCUAAACCCGACGAACCAAGAAGGAAGACAAAUUGUGGGUCACCGUCCGGUUGAAAAUACUAAUCAAAGCUCCCUAAAUACAGUACCAGGAAAUUCCCUUACCUCACGUCGACCAUUUUUAAGCCAUCAUCUAUCACUCAGUACUCUUCCACCUCCAGACGCUCAGGAUAGUAAUCACCUACGGACACCGUGUCAAAUUCCGACACCUAGAUCUCCCUCUCGAAGCGUAAGCACAGGUGUGAUGUCAACUACUAGCGGCAUCGACUCAAAACAAAGUUCAAUAACGGGAAGUAAUUCUCUCUAUCGUUCUCAGCCUAGCCUAUCGAAACCAUCGGAAAAUUUGUCUAUUUUUCCAGCUCCAGGCGCCUUACAGAAACCUCUAUCACAAUCAUACGAAUAUUCUCCCGCUACAUCGACCGCAUCGAUCUCACUUCAAGCUACAAAAAAGAUGAACUCCGGUGGUGUAAUCUCCUCAAAAGAUAGUCAGAUUUGCCAUAAAACUUCGGAAUUAAACCAUCAAAAAAGCGGCCAGUCAACAAGUUACAACAGUUACUACUUUUCAGGUUCUAACAUAGGGAACUUAGUACAACCAGCGGGGGGAAUGCAGAUGCAGGGACCGUCAGGAAAUACUGAAGGUCCGUAUAAUGCUCCGGUUGCUCAAUCCCAGGGUAGCCCCCUUGAUCCAGGUAGUGCAGGCAGCUCAAGGAAGACGUCGGCUUCCGAUCCCAUCAAAGUUCUCACAAUCACUACUACUCAAGGCUUGUACACUGUGCCUGUCGAUGUGCAUCAUGCAUCUCGGUUAGCUGACGAGAAACGCGCUCGUAAUGCAGGUGCCUCCGCGCGAUUCCGUCAACGCCGUAAAGAAAAGGAAAAGGAAGCUAAUUCAGCUAUCGAGAAGCUUCAAGCUCAAGUGAGGGACUUGGAGAGAAGCCUCAAGGAAGUACAGUCAGAAUGUGACUUCUAUCAUUCGGAAAGAGAUCGACUCCGCGAUAUCGUUUUCAGAAUACCCGAAAAAAGACACUUGACAAUGCAAGCCCCACCAAGUCCCAAUUCAGGUAGAGCUUUAAGCCUACUCGGUCAGAUAGGAAUGCGUAUUCCUCCUCCGCCUACAAGCUACCCAGAAGAAGUUCUUGAGCGAGCUUCCAGGAGACGACGGAGUCAUACCGACGGUAGUUUUACCGACGUUCCCCAAACUAUACCACCUAUCUCACCUACAGCUACUCUAACUUCUGGUCAUCAAGUCAUGGAAGGUUCUCAACCAUCACAACAGCUAGGGUCCCAAACUUCUUUUCCAGCUCAAGCUGACAGGAAUCUGCCGCAGAUGCCCAUUCCAGAAAAUAAUCCAGCCAGCUUAAACUUUGACCCAAGCACGCAAAAAACUCACCAACGAAAUUGGUCCGGAAACGCUGGAUCACGAUAA